AUGACACAAAAAAGAGAACCCAUCUGCGUCUUGAUUGCUGGCGCAGGCAUUGCAGGCCUUGCAACAGCUAUAUCUCUAACACGCAUAUCAAAUCUUACAAACUUGGAUAUCCAGCUAUACGAACAGGCUCCAGAGCUCUUGGAAAUAGGAGCUAGUAUUGCUCUCAGUCCAAAUGGCAUGCGCACGCUUGAGAAACUCGGCGUACAAAAUGCCCUAACCGACGAAGUCGGCUUUAGAGGCCCAAGUGGGAUCCCGCAGAUAUUCCGCCACUGGAAAACGGAUCAGGUCGUGUCUAUAGACACUCACACCAACGUCUCUAAUCCUCGUCACCAUACUACCCGCUUCCACCGCGGCCAUGUGUACUCUGCUCUGCUCGAGCAUGUUCCCAGAGAGUCAAUCCACUUGAGCAAGAAGAUUGCGCGCGUGGAAGCUGACCAGGAUGGUGUUUCCUUAUAUUUUGAGGACGGAAGUAGUGCUCAUGGAGAUAUUCUCAUUGGAGCAGAUGGAAUUCGAUCGAGGGUUAGACAAUCAUUCAUCCCGGAUUAUAAGCUACGGUUCAGUGGGAAGGUGUUCAUGAGAGCGACGUUUGAUGCCUCGUUGGUGGAGGGCAAGAUCCCUGAUUUGCCUGCUGAUUCGAUGCACUGGUGGGGCCCUAAAGACAACUUCUUUGCGUCUCGGCUUGGCAAGAACCAGUACACCACCGUUGGUGCAUACGAUGACCCGCGCUCAGCAGAGGAGGUUGAGAAAAGCGUCGCGUGGGAUCAACUUGGCAACGUGGAGUUUUUAAGAGAGAGAUACAAGGACUGGAAUCCCACGGUAAAGGCUCUGACAGAGCUCACCCCAUCCACAAAUCUAUAUCCCAACUUCGCAGGAGAUGCUCUCCCAAACUGGGUCUUUGGGUCACGAGUGACUUUAGUCGGAGACGCAGCCCACGCUCACGGUGGUUCCUUCGCAGCCGGCGGCUCGCUGGCCCUAGAUGACUCUCUAGCCCUUGGCCUUGCUUUCAAGCAGGUAUUCUAUUUGAGAAAAGCCACGUUCUCAGCUAGGAAUAUCAACGAGGCAUUGGGGCUGUACAGUCAAACCAGGCAGCCGCAUACAACUCGGUUGCUGCGUAUUGUGCAUAGCCAGAUUGACAAGAAAGGUACUAUUUUUGCGACACGCGAAGAAGAGGAUGCUGCGCUUGUUGCUCGUAUGACUGGAAGGCCAGAUACGAAGUGGCUAUCGGAACACGAUGUUGAAGCUGCGUUCAACGCUGUUAUUGAACAAUUGGAAGGAACGCAGCGGCAGGUACGCCUAACUCGGCCAGAAAGAGAGAUAGAAGAGAUUCAGCCCCAGGGGAGCAAGUUAUAG